AAUAAAACGUAACAAACGACGUUGGUGGGUAAAAAGAUUAUAUGAGAAUAGAUUUCAGUACGGAAAUAAAUUGCUACGUGACAUCAGAUAUGAAAUCGACGAUCCAAACUUUAUUAGGAUGUCAAAAAAAGAUUUUGAUAAUCUACUGAAUUUAAUUCAACCAGUUAUAGAUAAAAAUGAUACUGUAAUGAGGGAAGCAAUUACUUCACAAGAGCGGUUGGCCCUAACUUUGAGGCUCUUAGCAUCAGGCGAUUCAUUUGUCAUCUAUUCCGAAACUCAAAACAGAUUAUUUCUUAUAUACCUAAUACCAGAAGUUUGUGAUGCUCUUAUCAAAGCACUAAAGGACUUUAAAAAGUUACCAUCUUCAAGUGGAGAAUGGGAAUCGAUAUCAAAGGAGUUUGAAGAAAAAUGGAAUUUCCCCAAUGUACUGGGGGCAACGGACGGGAAACAUGUCCAGCUACGAGCACCAUGGAACAGUGGCACUGAAUACUACAAUUACAAACAUUUUUUUAGUAUUGUGCUAUUUGCCUUGGUUGAUGCCAAUUACAAUUUUCUGUAUGUAAAUGUUGGCAGUCCUGAAAGAUUCUCAGAUGUGAGUGUUUUUAAAAAUACUGAGCUGUAUAGAAAACUAGAAAAUAGGACACUUAAUAUCCCCAGUCCAAAACCAUUACAAAUUCCUUACAGAAUGGAAGUUCCUUACUUCAUCUUGGGUGAUCAAGCUUUUGAACUUAAUGACUACACUAUGACACCAUUUAGAGGAACUCCACAUGCAGUGCUGUGA